AUGGAUAUGAUUCAAAUUAUUAAUUCGAUUUUCCUAUUAUUUUUGGGUAGUCUCUGCAGUUUGGGACUAACUUAUCAAGUCAACGAGAAGGAAUCUCUUCCACCAAAAUUGUCUCUACGACCUGGGGAUCUUCUGCGAAGCCUCGAUGCACUAACUUCUGAUGCCCAAGUUAUCUAUUCUCCUCUUCAAGAAACUCCACUCAAACAAGCCGAACGGAGAGUCUAUCAUGAUGAUGAACUGUUAAGUGAUAGUCAACAAGCUGGAUCCGAUUACGAUUAUGACAAAGCUUAUGAAAAUUUUGUGAACAAAUAUUUUGCUAAAGGAGAGGAAGAACUAGAUGAUGAUCAUGAAGAUGAUGAUGAGGAUGAAAAAGCUGAAGGAAUUGAUGAUGUAGCUCCAUUUGAAUACUCAAGUGAAACUGAUAACGAACCAAAAGAAGAAAAAAAAUCCAAAAAAUCUUCAGGAUCAAAGAAAUGUGAACGAGUUAAAAUUGAUAAUCAAAAUUGUAAAGUUUGCGAAGAUUUGGAAACCAAUGAAAAAUCAAAAACUUGUUCAUACUCAUCUGAUAGUAAACCGAAAAGUUAUGCAUACAGCAAAGAGAGAUCAACCAAACAUUCCAGCGAUGAUGAUGAAAACGAUGACGAAGAUGAUGAUGUUAAAAGUUCUGAAACUGGCAAAUCAGUUAAAAGGGAAAUUUCUCCAAAUAACAAGAAGAAAUAUCAACUGAGGAGGACAAGUAUUGAAUCAUUUUUGAAACCCAUCAAAGUUAAUGAUGAUACUCCAAAGUGCUCAAGGCAACUUGAAGAUGGUAUGAUUUGUUUUUAUUGUGGAUCGGCUUCAGAAAACACUCGUGAGUGCAUAGUUGAUAAGAAUAAUUUGAAAAAACGUCGCCUUGAUGAAUCCUCUAAAAAGGAUUCAGAAACAAAGAAGAUUUUUAAACGAAUGGUUACUUAUUCCUACAAUAAUAAGGCAGAGCCAAAUUUUAAAGAAAAUACUUAUUCAGCAAUAAAACGCUAUUAAGGGUCAUACUUUCU